GUACCGGAAGUGAAGAUUCUGUCACAUGUGUGUGAAGACAGUGGCAGCUGAAAAUGGAUUGUACAGAUUCAACAUCUUCGGGACAUGUUUCUAAAAAAAAGAGCAAAACAAAAAAACUAAAGCGAACGAUGAAAGCCGUUAAAGCGCCAGUGGAAGAGAUGGACCAGGCGGAGUGUGAAGUAAAAGAAGAAAAGUCAGCUUCAGGACCGUGUUUUCCUCCCACUUUCAGCGUGUCUGAGAUCAAAAAUAAGCAGCGCAGACAUACGAUGUUCCUUAAACUCAAAGAGGAGAAAAGAAAGAAAAGAAUGGAACUGAAGAAAAAAAAGAAAAAAGAAAGAAAAGCUCUUGGUGAUAAGGCUCCACCUAAAGAAGUUCCCAAGACAAUAGAAAACCAGAGAAUAUACGAUGAAACUACAGUCAAUCCAGAGGAUGAGGAGGUGGCUUUUGAUGAAGGAACUGAUGAGUUCUCGGCUUACUUCAAUCGGCUUACAAAUCCUAAAGUUCUCAUCACCACUUCAGACAGGCCCAGAGGAAGGACGGUGAGAUUUUGCGAUCAAUUGGCAACAGUAAUCCCACAUGCAUACGUGUACUACAGAAGAGGUCUGGCUCUGAAGAAAGUCAUUCCACAAUGUAUAUCAAGGGGUUUCACGUAUCUUAUGGUGAUUAAUGAAGACCGAAAAGUGCCAAAUGGUAUGGUUCUUUGUCACCUUCCCGAUGGGCCAACUGCACAUUUCAAAGUCAGUAGUGUUCGCCUUCGCAAAGAAAUGAAGAGAAGAGGUAAAAACCCAACAGAACACUCCCCAGAAGUCAUUCUCAACAACUUCACUACAAGACUUGGUCACUCCAUUGGCCGUCUCUUUGCUGCUCUGUUUCCUCAUGAUCCACAGUUUGUGGGCCGUCAAGUGGCCACAUUUCACAAUCAAAGAGACUUUAUCUUUUUUAGGUUUCACAGGUAUAUAUUCAAGAAUGAAAAGAAAGUGGGUAUACAAGAACUAGGACCUCGCUUCACACUUAAACUCCGCUCCUUACAGAAGGGAACCUUUGACUCAAAAUUUGGGGAAUACGAGUGGGUUCACAAGCGCCAUGAGAUGGACUCCAGCAGAAGAAAAUUCCAUCUCUGAGGAAAAUACGGGCAACAAUGGUCAACUGUGUAGAGGUUUCAUAAAUGUAUAAAAAUAACUUGAAUUGAAACUUCAGCUCUGUAGUUUCUGUUUCACAGUCUUGCAAUUUAUGCAUACAUUUAUAGUCUGGCUGUACAAAAUUUGUGCUUGCUUUGUUUUGAGGCAUGAUAAAUGAAAGACAUUUAUUUUCCUCAUUGUAUUUUCUUGCUAAAAUUUUGAAAAAAAAAAAAAAAGGGCUGUUGAAAAGGUUAAAAAUGCGAAUUGUUGUGUGUUUAGGUGAAGUUUUAGGCAAGAUUUGUUCUCACCAUUUACCAAAAUGCUUUAAAAUGUGCAAAAAUGUAACUCAACUUUAAAAGACCUAAAGACUCAUUGUGGACGUCUGAUAUUUUAAUUAAAGAAAUUUGAAUG